AUGGCUGGACCCCAAAGCGUUAAACGUGCGCGAACCAAUACUAUUGGCGAUGCUCACAUCAAUACGACAGCGCCGCUACGAGAGGAGAUUUCCCAGAAAAUCCAGCACCUCGAUUCACAAACUGUCACCGACAUUCUCAUACAAGCAGCGCAAAUUCACCCUGACGUUAUGAGCAUGGUGGACGAUACCAUUCGCGUCCUUCGGGAGAAAGAGCAAAAUCGCAUUAUCAACUUCGACCAUUAUUCGAGUUCAGUAUGGAAAUCGAUCAACAUCACAUAUCUCUCUAUGCGCGGUGGGGCACAGUACGAUGUCUCAUUCGAAGUAGCCCAGGAUGUCGUUGAUACCAUCAAAUCGAUCACGAACCAGUGUGGACCAUUCACAAACUUCCAGACACGCUUCAAUGGACUCUCUGUCUUACGCAAAAUCGGCAAGACAAUUGCGCUUUCCUCCAAUGAUACAGUGGGUCAUGAGGUUCAAAAGCAUUUCCAAUGGGAUGGCUCUCUUGUGGAAGGGAUGUUGGAAAUCCUCGAUUCUAUGACGGCGGAUGAAAUCAGAGAGAUCAGAGAGGAUAAAUCGAGUCCGGAAUCGUUGUGGCCAAAGUUACAGGAAUUGGGAGAGUUGGCCAAUGACUAUUGUAUUCAUCCUGGAAUAGAAGAAGUGUUGGGUCGACUGGAUCCUGAUGGUUAUGAGGAUGGGGAAGAAUGGGAUGAAGACGAAGACGAAGAGAACGAGGACGAAGAGAAUGAGGACGAAGACGACGAGGAUGAAGAUGAAGAGGACAAGGACGAAGACUAA